GUUCUGAAGGUCUUUGGUGCGUUGCUCAGUUGUCUUAUGUUUAUGUCUGUAGAGUCUUUGGGUGAGUGUUGUGUGGUUUGAGUGUUGUGUUUGACGUUAGUGAGCUAACAGUAGUGAAAAAUGUUUAAUAAACUGAAAGUUGCCGUUUUUAACGCUGUAAGUGGCACUGGUGAUAUAGAUCAGGGCGCACAGCUAGGAAUUGCAGACAAAGGACCAGAUUUAGAGAAACCGCUUAAAUUCAAAUAUAAGCGCCCCUUUUUUCUAAGUUUUACUUCUGACGAAGAGGUCCAGGUUUCUGCAGAUCAUCAUUCGAGACCCAUCAUAGUUCCGCGGGACACCUCGCGUUUGCCUUGGCACAGUGGAUAUGCGGAGGCGGUGAAUGCGGGGAAAUCGACGUGGAAUGAAGACCAGGCAUUCCUAGAAAGACGAGAGCUGCGCAGGGCAGGAGAGUCCUCAAAAGCCUUAGCCACGUCAUCUAUUGGAAAUGAGAUGUCCCUGCCUUAUGUAUAUUUUGGCCUAUUUGAUGGGCAUGCUGGCUUUGGAGCAUCAGUAGCUGCAGCAAAUCAACUACAUCAUCUGUUAUAUACCAGGUUAAUGGAUGUUGUCGAACAAUUAUUACCCAGACUAGAAGAUAUUGUAGAGCCUGGCAGAAGAGGAGGAAUUGCCAUGUGGGUUCCAGACAAGGAAGCAGAUAAGGAGAUGCUAAUAAAGGGAGCACUGGAGUUAGCUUUCCACGAUAUGGACCAAAUGAUUUUGGAGGAUAAAAAGAAGUACAGAAUCAAAGGUGGAUGUACAGCUUUAGUUGCCCUGUUUAUUCUGGGCAAGUUGUUUGUUGCAAAUGCUGGGGAUUCGAGGGCUGUUCUAGCAAAAAAUAGAACAGUCAUUCCAAUGUCACAUGAUUUCACACCAGAAUCAGAAAGGGCACGAGUAAGACACUUGGCUGCCCUGAAACCUGAGCUGUUGGGAAAUGAAUUCACACAUCUAGACUAUAUUAGACGACCUACAGUCCAUGAUUUAGGGAAGAAGAUUUUGUAUCGAGACGCAUUCAUGAAUGGAUGGGCAUACAAAAUUGUUACCCGAGAUGAUUUAAAAUACCCUGUUGUUGUCGGUGAAGGGAAAAGGAGCCGUGUUUUGGGAACUAUCGGAGUGACCCGUGGGUUUGGUGAUCACGAUCUCAAGGCUGUUGUGGCUGAUGUUCCUGUUAAACCAUUCUUAUCGUCUCAACCUGAGAUUGAAAUAUUUGAUAUUGAAGAAGAGUACGUCACAGAAUGGGAUGUUCUUAUCAUGGGGACCGACGGUUUGUGGGACGUGACCUCUAAUGAAAGUGCUAUUGAAAUUGUGCAGAAGAACUUAAUGCAUUUUAGAGAAGACCAGCGUGCAAAGUAUGGGUACACAUCAGCCGCGCAAGAUUUGAUAAUGCAAUCUAGAGGGAAACAUGUUGGAGACAAUUGGAGAACACACGAAGGUCGAGCUGGGAGCAUCGACGACAUUUCCGUAUUUGUUAUUCCUUUACUUCCUUAUAAAAAAGAAUAUACCGAGUGGCGAACUAUGUUCGAUGCGGCCUGGGGUAUCUGUGAGCCUGAUUCCCAGAACACUUUUGGCAAAUUAUCACUUAGGACAUCACCAAUCCCGUCGCAAAGACAGGAUUUCACUAGAAACGGUAGGUCAUUAACUGUUCGCCGGUCAGUUAAAUCUCCCUCUGACUCUACAGAGGAGGACGUAUGGGACUUCGAUGAGGAUGCUGAGGAGAUCGUGGUUCCGGUGAGCCCUGAUCAUGGAAGUAAAUCCACAGAACAGUGGCAGGAGUUAACACGCUGUAUGGGCGUUAUAGAUCUUACGGAUCCUGAACUAUCUCCAACUAAAAAAGGGUAUCGAAAGGACUUGUAUGUAAAACCUACUUCAAAGAAGUUAAGUAACAAAGAUAUGAAUGUUCCUCAUGUUCCUCAGGGAACACAAUCCUAUUCAGGCAGUGCGAGAAAGGCCAGCCACACCAGUGAUGAUGUGAGCAAUCCUAGUAGCAGGGAAGCAUCUCCAAAGACUGUUUCAUCUGAAAGUGCUAGUGUCCAGGCACUACAAAGCAAGACAGUGCAGAGAAGUCGUGAGAGACGUGACUCACAAACUUUUCCACCUACUUAAAAAAUGAACUUUAAAAGUACCUGAAGUAAGAUUUCCCUAUAAGAAGACUGAUAUAUUAAUAGUUAUAAACUGCCUGCACAUGGUAACAGCAGCAGCUGUUCUAUGAUGAUAUUUUUGUUGAAGUCAUUGUUCUGUGUAUUUUUGUUUUGUUCAUUACUUUAUUAUUGAAUUUUUCUCAACUUUCAUUUCUUGAGAUUGUUUAUUGAAUUAAUUUUAUUGUUAAUGAAUAAAAUGAUUACUUUUGUGUUUUAA